AUGACAAAGAAAACAGUCGUAGUCACAGGCGCAUCGGGUUUACUUGGUCGAGCGGUAGUUUCCCACUUCCAAGCUCAAGGUGAUGAAGUGAUCAAACUUGCCAACUCUCGAGCUAAGAAAGAUGCAAGUUACACUAAACUAGAUUUAAUGGAUAAAGAAGCUGUGAAUGGGUUCUUCCAGACUCAUCCUACUAUAGAUGGUGCCGCUGAAAGAAGACCAGACGUUGCUGAGGCCGAUCCAGAAAAAGCAAGCAAGAUCAACGCGGAGGUUCCAGCACAUUUGUCAGCCCUAGCGAACCAGCGAAAGUUCCUCUUGAUCUACAUCUCAACGGAUUACGUGUUCAAUGGUAAAAAUCCACCUUACGAGGUAGACGCUCAACCUGAUCCUCUGCAGAUGUAUGGCCGACAGAAGCUGGAUGGUGAGAAAGCUGUAUUGGCGGAGAGGGAGAAAGGUGCGGAGGUGACUGUGUUACGAGUUCCUAUCUUAUAUGGUCAAACUGAGUAUAAUGCUGAAUCAGCCGUUAAUAUCUUGCGAGAUGUGGUUGAAGAUCAGUCGGGAAAACAGUACAAGAUGGAUGCCUAUCAAGUUAGGUUCCCUACGAACGUCGAAGACGUAGCUAGGGUGUUAUACGAUUUAUCACACCUCGAUAAACCCCUUCCUUCAAUCCUUCAUUACGCCACUCCUUCACCUGCUCUUACCAAAUACGAUAUGACGCAACUGAUUGCUCAACACCUCAACCUUCCCAUUGAUCAUAUAAUCAAAGAUACCAAUAAGCCUGGUCCUGAUGCUACACCUCGUCCGGAGAAUACUCAAUUAUCUACCAAAGCAUUGAAAGAGCUCGGUGUGGAUGUAGGGGAAAGGAAGAGUUUCGGGGACUGGUGGGGUGAUUAUAUAGCUGAAGGCAAAUGA